AUGGACGAUGAAGAAAAAAAAAUUAAUAUGAUUCUAGAAGUCAUAGAUUUUUUAAAUGGAAUGUUAUAAAAGAUUAAUGAAAAUAUAGAGAAAAAGAAAAAAACAAUAUUACUGAUUGGAAAUACUGGAUCUGGUAAAAGUACAAUCUUCAAUUUUCUCAGCGGAGCAAAGUUUGACUUUUAAAAUAAAUAAAUAAUAUUGAUUGAGGAAAAAGGAAAAAAAUUUUCAAAAUAAGGAGACUCUAUGAAAUCAAUAACAUUUGAACCUAAUUUUAAUAUGAUUGAGAAUGACUAUAUUUUGAUUGAUUUCCCUGGAUUCAAAGAUACCAAUGGAACUAAAAAUUAAUUGUCUAUUCAAUUGAUGUUUAAUGAAAUAGUUACGUCGACUGAAGUUAUAUUAGCUGUUGUAAUUUAGCAGCCUUGUGUAAAGCUAAUCGAAAGAGGCCAAACAAUUUAAGAAAUAGUUUAAGAUGCAUUCACUUCUUAAUAUUCCAAAAUUAAUUCUAUUGGUUUAAUUGUUAAUAGAUUUGAUGAUAGAUUAGAAGAUGAACCAGCAACAAAAUAUAUGAAAUAGUAACUACAAGAUAAAGGCCAAGAUGCUAAAGAAAACGGCUUUAUUUAUAAAGCACUAUCAGAAAAUAUCAUGAUAAUAAGAGAAAUUGAUCCAGUAAAAUAAAUUUUUACUGAUGAGAAAAAGGAAACUCUAAUUAAACAAUUAUAAAGUAUUAAACCAGUAUCAUUUUAACCUGAUAAGGUGGAUUAAGAUAAUAUUGUUAGCGACUAUAUUGAAGCCAAAUUGAAUAGAUUAUUUAUAGAAUAUGAAGGAAGCCUUAUUAAAAAUAGAGAUGAAGCUAAGAAAAAGGGAGAAAUAAAAUAAUUUCAGACAACUUUAAAUGAUAAACUUAAAGAAAUCGAUUAAUUUAAACAUGAUGAUUUAAAUUUAGUAAUAGAGUGGAUGAAAAAAACUAUUUUAAGUGUAAUCAGUGAGGAAAUUGAUAAUUUUUUAAAGAUUUUUAAAUUUUUUUUCAAAUAUAAAGCAAAUAUUUUUGGAUUUAAAAAAUUAAACACACAUAUUGAGGGAUUAAAAGCGAAAAUCUAAAGCAUUGUUUAAGAAAUUUAAGCAGAUAUUCAAAGAAUUGAUGAUGAAUAAAAAAAGUUGAAUGAACAAAUAGAACAAUAAUAACGAAAACAUAGGGAGUAUUUGAAAUAAUUAGAUGAUGAUUUGAAAGAAUAUAAGAGAUAAAAGAGAGAAGAGUUGAAAUAGAAAUAGGAAGAUGAAAGAAAGAUAUAGGAAAAUAAAAAAGCUGAAAUAGCUAAAUAAAAAUAAAAAUAAGAAGAAGAAUAAGCUAAAUAACAAGCGAUUAGAGAAGAACUAAAAAAGCAAAAGGAAAUACAGGAAGAAAAAUAAAAACAGCUAAAAUUGGCAGAAGAAAAGAAAUAAUCUGAAAAAAAAAAUUUAAUAAAAAAAUUAACUACUAGUGAAAAUAGUAUUAGUAAAUUGAAAGCAGAUAAAUAAAAAUAUAUAAAAGAAUAAGAAGGAAUAUACAUGAAAGCAUGGGGUGGUGAUUGGUCGUCUGACUAUAAUAAAAAAAUUUCGAAUUAUGACAAAUAGAUAGAAACUGAAGUAAAUAACAAGGAUAAAAUACUUUAAGAUUUGUUAAAGUAUUGA